AACGAGGCUUAACCAAAUAAAGUCCCCUUUCUGCCUUUCACUAACUCGUAUUUACUAAAACUAAGAGAAAAUUUGCAAUCGGAAACUCGCCGGAACCCAUGUUAGCCCGCCGCCGGCUCCGGGUCACAUAAAACCUCCUCGUAUUCUCUGCCUUUUAUUCUUCUUUUUACUGAAAAUGGGAGAAGGGAAAGACCCAGGAAUCACCCUGUUCGGAAAAAAGAUUCCCCUACCGUUACGGGUGGUUGUCUUCGCCGGCGACGAAUCCGCCGGCGGUGAUUCCGGAGGCGUUAAUUCCCCUGAUGAAAGCAAUAGUGGGUCUGAGCGUGUUAGGUGUUUCGACGAUGAGAACAUAGAAGAAAGCAAGCGUGAAGAUGAAAUGGAUCAGUUACCAGGAGAGGCCUCUGAAACUAUCUCAGAAGAGAAAGAUGAAGAUGAAGAUGAAGAUCAAAACAUGGAUGGCAAAGAAAGUUGUAAAGCUUUACAAGAAUCAGGGAGCAAUACUGAAACUCCCUCCACUGAUGGCAACUCUCCAACAGCAAAAUCGACCAAGACUGAAGAUGAUCAAACGGAAACAGACAGUUCUAAGGAGAAAACGCUAAAGAAGCCGGACAAAAUUCUCCCAUGUCCUCGGUGCAAUAGCAUGGAUACAAAAUUUUGUUACUACAACAACUACAAUGUCAAUCAGCCCCGCCAUUUCUGCAGGAGCUGCCAGAGAUACUGGACUGCCGGGGGUUCCAUGAGGAAUUUGCCAGUUGGGGCUGGUCGUCGCAAAAACAAGAGCUCUGCCUCUCAUUGCCACAUCACCAUAUCGAAUGCUAAUGUCUCUGAUGCCCUGCACGCAAUGCAGGCUGAAGCUCCAAAUGGAUUUCAUUACCCAGCUCAUUAUAAACCCAACGGCACUGUCCUGUCCUUUAGCCCUAACUCCUCACUCCGUGAGUGUAUGGGCUCCGUUUUAAAUCCUGGUGAGACAAAGUCGCCAAAUGGGACUCAAAAUGGUUUCUCUAAACCUGACACAAGAAGCUCUUACAAAACCGGGAAUGAUUGCUCUAGCAAGUCUUCUGUCACAAUCUCAAACUCAAAAGCAGAAGGGAGUAAAAAUGCUCCCCAAGACACAACGGUUAUGCAGAAUGUACAUGCCUUCCCUUCUCCAGUUCCAUACCUUCCUAAAGUCCCGUGGAAUGCUGCAGCACCCCUGCCACCCAUUUUCCCCUCGGGAGUUCCCGUCACAUUCUGCCCUGCAACUUAUUGGAAUUAUUGCCUUCCCGGUCCAUGGACUCUUCCUUGGUUAACUCCACCAUCUCCAACAGUAAGCCAAAAGUCAUCAAUUUCUAGUCCUAAUUCGUCAUUGGGGAAGCACCCAAGGGACGGGGAUUUACUCGAGCCAAACAAUCCCAAGGGUAAAGAAUCAUCCGAACAAAAGAGUCCCGAACGGAGAAUCUUGGUUCCGAAAACAUUGCGGAUUGAUGAUCCCGAUGAAGCUGCAAAGAGUUCUAUAUGGGCAACACUCGGGAUCAAAUACGAUUCCAUAAGCAAGGGAAGCAUGUUCAAUGCCUUGGAACAAAAGAGCGAUGACAAGAAUCACACAACAAAUGCCUCUAUGGCCUUGCAGGCUAACCCUGCAGCAUUAUCUCGGUCUCUCACCUUCCAGGAGAGCAUCUAAUGAGUGAUUUCUCUCCAAUUGUUCUCUUAAGCACAGGUGCCCUUUCUUGUACUUGAGGUGUGUGUUCACAUGUACAUAGUUUUUAUACUUCUGACAUUAGAAUGGGAAGAGCGAGAAGUUAGAUAUAUAUAUAGAUGUAAUAUAUGUUACCCAUCCACUUCGAAAGCGGCUCGUUUUUGGCAGUUUCACUAGUGGUUUUGAAUAAAAUCCAGCCCUCUUUGAAAA